AUGAAUCCUGGAUUCUGUUGGUUGAUUAUGGUUUUGCUUGUAUUGACGAUAUUGGCGGGAUCAAAAGCAAAAACCAAUGAUAAAGAAUGUUUAAUAGCAAGAAUAGGUGGUGUUAUUGACUAUAGCAGUCGGGUGGCCAAGGAACAGAAAAUAGCCAUGGAGAUGGCAGUUCAAGACCACAUCUUUAGCGACUCAACCACUUGCAUUAAACUGGAUUUGCAGCUCAACGAUUCUCGUGGGAACCCUGCUCGAGCUACGACUUCUGCAAUUAAUCUCAUCAGAAGGAAAAAAGUUCAUGUCAUCAUUGGAACGCUUACCAUGCAAGAAGCAGCUUUAGUCUCCGAAUUAACGGAUAAUAGUAAGACGACAAAGAAUUUUUCUCUCAUUUCGCUGACUUCACCAGCAAUUUUAAGCCCAACACCAAUGCCAUUUCAGUCACCAAUUCUCUUCCAAAUGGCAAACGACAUAGUUUUCCAAACGGAUUGCAUAGCCGCCAUAGUUGGCUACUUCAAUUGGCGAAAAGUCACAGCGAUUUACGAGCACAACAAUGACUUCUCCGCCGGCUCUGGCAUUAUAUCCACGCUCUCUGAUUCGCUUCGAUCAGUUGAUUCGGAGGUCGAACACCACAAGUCUUUUCCGUCCCUGUCUUCUCUUUCUGACCCCAAAACAGCAAUAAAGGAAGAACUUAAGAAGCUGAAGAGAAAGAGCAACAGAGUGUUUAUAAUCCUCCAAUUUUCUUUGGAGUCAGCCGUACUGCUCUUCGAAAAGGCAAAGCAAAUGGGAAUGAUGGAAAAAGGGUAUGUUUGGAUCGUCGCGGACGAAAUCACAAGCCUUCUUGAUUCUGUUGAUUCAUCUGUUAAGUACAAGAACAUGCAAGGUGUUAUUGGGCUUAAAACAAGCUUUGUGGACACUACUGAGGCAUUCAGACAAUUCAAGAGUAGAUUCAGAAGAGCGUACGGAUCAUACUAUCCUGAAGAAGAAGAGAAUUCGAGUCCCAGUAUCUUCGCACUCCGAGCUUAUGAUGCAGUUACCGCCAUUGCCAAAGCUGUAGGAGAAUCACGGGGAAAAGCCAUUACAUCGAAAAGAUUAUCUGAAAACCUUUCGGCGAUCGAUUUCAGAGGCCUAAGUGGAGUGAUAAAGUUCAAGAACGAGAUGCUAGCACAAUCACCGACCAUUGAAAUUAUUAAUCUGAUUGGGAAAAGCUACAGAGAGAUAGCCUUCUGGUCAGCACAUCAUGGUUUCUCGGAGAACUUUGUGGAAAAAGAAUGGACUAAAACGAAAGAAACUAACGAUGGUUUCGUUGGAGUGACGGGUCCAAUCUAUUGGCCAGGUGGGUGGCAAACAGUUCCAAAGGGUUGGACUUUUUCUAAUGAAGAUAAACCGAUGAAGAUCGCGGUUCCCGCGAAUGGUGCUUUCCAUCAAUUUGUGAACCUGAGCUAUGACCAUGAAAGGAAUGAAAUCAUUAUCUCCGGGUUUUCGAUUAAUGUGUUUGAAGCUGCUUUGAAGCGUCUUCCUUAUCAACUGGAUUAUGUGUUAGUCCCCUUCUAUGAUUCAUAUGAUCAAAUGGUGGAGCAAGUAUAUUACAAGGGAUUUGAUGCAGCUGUUGGAGAUAUAGGAAUCUUUUCUGAUCGAUUUCGGUACGUCGAGUUCUCGCAAGCAUAUCUUAGUGCAGGACUUCAGAUGGUGGUCAGAGUAGAAUCAGACAAUGUAAAAGAAAGAUGGAUGUUCAUGAAGGCCUUCACUAGAGGGAUGUGGCUAUGGCUGAUGUUUAUGCACCUCUUUGUUUGCUCUGUUGUCUGGUUAAUUGAAAACUACCACUGCCAAAAUCCUGAGCUCAAGGGCUUAGGAGCUAUGCUAUGGUUUUCUGUCACUGUUCUAUUUAAUGUCCAGAAAGAGCCAGUAAAAUGUAAUUUGGCACGAUUUGUCUUGGCACCAUGGUUGUUUGUAAUUCUAGUUGUAACGACUAGUUUCACUGCAAGCCUCACCUCGAUGCUGACUGUUUCCCAAUUCAAACCAUCAGUGUCCGACAUUGAAACAUUACGGAAAACAAAUGCAAUGGUUGGUUGCAAUGGGAAUUCUUUUAUCGUAAGAUAUUUAGUCAAUACUUUGAACUUUAAGCGAGAGAAUGUCAAGAACAUGUCCUCUAUGGAUGACUAUCCUGACGCAUUCAAAAAUGGAGAUAUUGCGGCGGCAUUCUUUGGUGACGUGCACGCAGAUGUCUUCCUUGUAAAAUAUUGCAAGGGCUUCAUAAAGGCGGGACCCAAUCACAAACUUGGUGGUUUAGGCUUUGCUUUCCCAAAGGGUUCACCUUUAUUAGUUGACAUUUCAAAGGCAGUUGUUGAAGUGUCCGAGAGUGGAAUAGUGGAAGACUUGAAAAAUACCAUGCUAAGCUCUUUUAACUGCACAUCCACCCUCACCUGGGGCAGCAAGCCAAUAGGUCUCGAGCCUUUCUCUAGUCUAUUUAUAAUUUCAGGCGCUAUUGCAACCUUCACUUUGUUAACUACAUUCGUGUGUCUUGCGGGCAAGCGUUUAGAUGACUUGACCAGCUGUAUACAGAUUAUGUUGUUAAAGAAAGGGUUUUGGAGAUGGGCUUAUAUAUACUUUAGUAGUAGAAGGUACCGCUCAAGAACAAUACCAAAUGUUUGA